GGCUGCGGGCAGAGCCCCUCCAGGACCUGGCAGGCAGGCUACAAGGUCAUUCCUCCUCCUUUUGGGGCCGUGUGCCAGGCUGGCUGGUGGAUGUGAAGACACGCUGGAGAAGACAACAAUGCUGCCUACAACUGCUGGCCACCGGUGGAGGAGCAGGUUCCUCAUGAGGUGGCAAGAGGCUUGUCUGCUUGGCUGUUGGCUGUCGCUAUGUGCUGCUGAGUCCUUCUUUGCUUGCCCUUCAUCCUGCAAGUGUAACAGUGGCAACCUGGAAGUGGACUGUAGCGGCUUGGGCCUCUCUUCCAUCCCCUCAGACAUCCCCACAAACACCAGGACCUUCCUCUUUCUCAACAACAAACUCAGCAUCCUGCCAGGAGCAGUGUUUUCCAACCUCUCUGCCUUACAGAGGCUGGAUCUAUCCAACAACUUCUUGGACCAGCUCCCUCAGAACAUCUUCAAUGACCUGGGGAACCUCACGGAGCUCCAGCUGAGGAAUAACAGCAUCCGGGCCUUGGACAAGGACCUGCUACAACAUACGGCCCUGCUGCGACAGCUGGAUCUCUCUAUCAACGGCCUGGCCCAGAUACCCUCGGGCAUCUUUGAUGACCUGCCUGCUCUCCGCUCCCUCUCUCUCAGGUCCAACCGUCUGCAGAGCCUGGACAGGGUGACCUUCGAACCGCUAACCAGCCUUCAGCAACUCCAAGUUGGGGAUAACCCCUGGGAAUGUGACUGCAACCUCCGAGACUUCAAGCACUGGAUGGAGUGGUUCUCCUACCGAGGUGGGAAAAUUGACCAGCUGGCAUGUACCCUGCCCAAGGAGCUGAAAGGGAAGGAUAUGCGAAUGGUGCCCAUGGAGAUGUUUAACUACUGCUCCCAGCUGGAUGAUGAGAACAGCUCUACAGUGCUGGACAAUACUGGCCCACCCUGCACUAAAGGAAGCCCGACUCCUUCCAAAUCUAAAUCGGGCCCAGAAACAGAAGUGGAGCCCAGUGUGGGAUGCCCUCAAAAACAGCGAUAUAGGCCUGUGAGCGUGCGCCGGGCUAUUGGCACUGUGAUCAUCGCAGGCGUGGUUUGUGGCAUUGUUUGCAUCAUGAUGGUGGUGGCAGCUGCUUACGGUUGCAUCUAUGCAUCCCUUAUGGCCAAGUACCACCGGGAGCUGAAGAAGAGGCAGCCACUCAUGGGCGACACAGAAGGUGAACAUGAAGAGCAAAAACAAAUCUCUUCUGUGGCAUGAAACUCUUCUAGGAAGGAAAGGACAGCAAUGAACAAAGGUACCUGAGAGCAGCCAAGCAUGGGGUCCUCCCAAACUACAUCUUCCCAGACAGACAGACAGACUGUGCUAUUGCUCCACUCACCCAAGUAGUGCAACAUGCUUCUGGGGGGUCAGGGCACCUGGCUCAAUUUCUGUUCCUCUGCCCCAGGCCCAUUUUGUGCCCUUUCACCCUUGGGCCCUCCCAGACAAAUAAAGUAGAGUCAGACCUCGAA